GUUUAUAUUUGAGCCCAUGCAGGUGGGUCUGAGACUGCUAAUAAAACUGCUAUUGCUCUCGGUUGCGCCGUGGGAGGAGUCGCACUGAUGGUAGCACUAGCGGUGCUUUGUAUUUUGUAUAUGAAGAGAAGAAAGCGGGCUCAUACCCGAGAGAUUCGUGGUGAUUACAGUAAUUAUAUGAGAAGCGGCACGGAUGCAGGUUACGGUCCAAUGUAUACGAUAGGCAGUUUGUCCAUAUUUCCCUAUCAAGAACUUCAGCAGGCGACAAAUUUCUUUGACGAAAAUAACUUACUUGGAGAUGGAGGGUUUGGCGUGGUCUACCUGGGUAACCUUGUGGAUGGACGAUCUGUAGCAGUGAAGAGGCUUUAUCAGGAGAGCUCCAGAACACUUGAACAAUUUAUGAACGAGGUACAAAUAUUGUCAUCCCUGUGUCAUCCAAACCUUGUUCGUCUCUAUGGCUGUACGUGCCUGCAGAGUCCAAUGCUACUGCUUGUUUAACAGUUUGUGCCAAAUGGGACCUUGUCUGAUCACCUUCAUGCGAGCCGAAGAACCCUCACAGGCUUGCCUUGGGCAACUCGCUUAAACAUCGCCAUAGAAACUGCUCAGGCCUUAGCGUAUCUCCACAGCAUCCAUCCGCCCAUAAUUCACAGAGAUGUUAAAUCUAGUAACAUUCUUCUCGAUGAACAUUUCAGAGUAAAAGUUGCAGAUUUUGGGCUUUCUAGAUUGGUGCCCGUGAAUGUUUCACACGUCACAACUGCUCCACAAGGAACAGCCGGGUAUGUUGACCCAUUGUACCAUGAAUGCUUCCAGCUCACCGAGAAGUCUGAUGUAUACAGCUUAGGAGUAGUUCUUGUGGAGAUCAUUUCUGCCUAAGUAGAAGUGGAUAUUAUGCGAAAUAGAAACGAAAUCAGCCUUGCUAAGAUGGCCACAGACAAGAUCAGAAGAGGUGUGUUGGAUGAAUUGGUCGAUCCAGAUUUGAAGAUGGGAAGAAAUCACGAGGUGAAGAUCACUGUUGCUGCAGUUGCCGACUUGGGCUUCGAGUUGCUUGCAAUAGAAAGGGACUUUAGACCAACCAUGAAAGAAGUUGUUGCCCGUCUCACAGAAAUCAAGAAGAUGCUGCGGGAAAGCACAGAAUCUUCGAACUCGACAAGCAGCACGUCAAUAUCUUCGGUAACUUCGGUGCAGGAAAACUGGCGCGGUGUGGCUCCGGAUUAGAGUGCAUUUCUGAUUU